AUGGAGUCUCUUAUAGUAAUCAUAUGUUUAGAGGAGUGUCAGCUCCCAAGAUUUUGCCUCAAGCUUGCUGAGUCAACUGAUCUUCUAGGUGGAACAGUUGCGAAAAUUGGAAAGAAUUUUAUUGGAAUUUCUUCGCCGCCGAUGUUGCAGUAUGGCUUGGUGCAAAUUGCCGCUGGAGAUUUGCUUAGGGCAGAAAUUGCAGCUGGGAAGAGCUCAUCACAAGCAAUUGCUCUCAAGGGAUAUGGGUUUGAACCAGAUAUUUUUAUUGUUUUAGAUGUGAAGUUGCGAUUGAACACGCAUUACAAUUACAAGGACAUUACAAUUAAGAUGGAGUUGAAGCUGUAUGUCUUCUUUGCACUAUUUCUCGCUGAUAUUGCUCUUACAAGCGGCGAUGCCCAGAACCAAACAGGGUAUAUCAGUAUAGAUUGCGGCUUACAACCUAACAAGUCUAGUUAUUAUGAGGAGAGUACAGGCUUAAAGUACGUUUCUGAUGAGGCAUUCACAGACACUGGUGAAAGGAAGGUCGUAUCAAAAGAAUACCAAGAUGAUACGUAUGGCCCGUAUCGUUCUCUUAGAAGCUUCCCAGAUGGAGACAGAAAUUGCUACAAAAUAGGGGUCACAACAGGUACUAAAUAUUUGGUCCGAGCAAUAUUCCUUUACGGGAAUUACGAUGGUGAAGAUAUACCGCCGGCUUUCGACCUAUAUCUUGGAGCCAGUUUGUGGGAGUCAGUGUCGGACACUUCAAGUUCCGCAAUCAAUCUAGAGAUCAUACAUGUACCUCAAAAAAACCAUAUUCAUAUUUGCCUGGUGAAUACGGGCCAUGGUAUCCCAUAUAUAUCAGCAAUAGAAAUAAGGCCUUUGGAUAAUUCAAUUUAUCAAGCUCAAACAGGAUCCUUGGCAUUGCUCGGACGGUUUAUGACUAAUAUCAGUACAUACCCCGGGUAUUAUGGAGAGGACAUGGAUGUUUAUGAUCGUCUCUGGUCUGCACAGAAAUAUGAUGAUUGGAAAGAAUUAAGCACAAAUCUACCCAUUGAUUCUGAAGAUCAAUCCGACCAUUAUAGCAUACCAUCACUAAUUAUGAGCACUGCUUUCACACCGAAAAACGAAGAAGCUCCUUUGGAAUUUCCGUGGACUGCAACUGAUGAAUUUAGUAACGGUACAUAUUAUUUUUACAUGCACUUUGCUGAAAUCGAACAACUCCAAGCCAACGAGUCUAGAGAAUUCAACAUAUUCUACAACGGUGAUCUCUUGUUUGGACCUGUUUCCCCAAAGCACUUGCAAAGAACAACGUUGCACGCCGAAACUCCAUUUUCGGGAUUUUACCAUAAUUUCUCAAUCCGCAAGACUGAAGCCUCAACUCAUCCACCCAUUAUCAAUGCCUUUGAGAUUUACACUGUCAAAGAAUUUUCAGAGUCUGAAUCUGACCAACAAGAUGUUGAUGCCAUCACCACACUCAAGUCAACUUAUGGAUUACGGAGAAACUGGCAAGGAGAUCCAUGUGCUCCUAAAAAGUAUUUAUGGGAAGGUCUAAAUUGUAGUUAUGAGAAUACUACCCCAAGAAUUAUAUCCUUGAACUUGUCUUCAAGUGAACUGAAGGGGGAGAUAGCACCUUCCGUAGCUAACCUUACGAUGAUACGAAUCUUAGAUCUAUCAAACAACAACUAGGGAUCAGUACCAGAUUUUUUGUCUCAAUUGCCAGAACUAACGGUCUUAAACCUUGAAAACAACAACCUCAAUGGUCAACUUCCAGAUGAACUUAUUGAGAAAAGGGAGAAAGGUCUUCUAACACUAAGUGUUGGUGGGAAUCCAAAUCUAUGUGCAUCAGUUUCUUGCAAAAAGAAAAAUUUUCUUGUUCCAGUUGUGGCAUCACUUGUCGGAACUUUUGUUCUUCUCUUAGCUGUCGCAGCAAUCUGGUGGGGUCUUAAAAGGAAAAGACAGCAUGGUUCAUCAAAGGCAAAAUCUACCUUUGGUCAAUAUUCAUCGGAGUACUCGACAAAACGGCAAUUUACAUACUCUGACAUACUAAGAAUUACCAACAAUUUUGAGAGAAUUAUUGGUAAAGGCGGAUUUGGAACAGUUUAUCAUGGUCAGAUAGGUGAUACUCAAGUAGCUGUGAAAAUGCUUUCACCGUCAUCUUUUCAAGGAUAUAAACAAUUUCAAGCAGAGGUCAGCGUUCUGCUGAAAGUUCAUCACAAAAAUUUAACAACUUUUGUUGGUUAUUUCACUGAUGAUCAAAACAACGCUGGGCUUGUCUACGAGUAUAUGAACAGUGGAGAUCUACAAUCUCAUCUCUCAGAUAAUAGUUCCACUAACAUUCUGAAAUGGGAAGACAGACUUCAUAUAGCAAUGGAUGCAGCACAAGGAUUGGAGUAUCUACAUCAUGGUUGUAAACCUCCUAUAAUCCACAGAGACGUGAAACCGGCAAAUAUCUUGUUGAAUGAAAACUUCCAAGCCAAACUCUCUGAUUUUGGCAUAUCCAAAACUUUUCCAACUGGCUUUGAGAAAACAAGUCAUGUAUCAACAGUUGUUGCCGGCACUCCCGGAUAUAUUGACCCAGAGUACUACAAGUCAACUAGGUUAAAUGAGAAAAGUGAUGUUUACAGCUUUGGGAUGGUAUUGUUGGAAAUCAUCACAGGCAAACCUGCAAUGUCAAAAGCCCAUGACAAUAUUUGCCUGGGUGAAUGGGUCACUUUAAUACUUGAAGAAGGGCGUAUCAAUAGUAUAGUUGAUCCAAGGUUGCAAGGAAAUUUCAGCGUGAACACAGCCUGGAAAGUUGUUGAAAUUGCCAUAAAUUGUGUUUCUCCAAGUUCAGCCCAACGGCCUACCAUGGGUCAAGUAGUGGGAGACCUAAAGGAGUGUUUGGAAAUUUCAAAAGUUGCAAAUGCUCAGGAGAAUGGAUUGAGAGAUUCAUAUGAGAUGAGUCAACUGGAUUUGAUCAGUGAUGAUAUUACUCUACCCAUGGCUAGGUAG